AUGAACACUGGAGAAGAACUGUUCUUAGGAACAUGCGACGGUAGAGGAGUUGGUGGAGUUGGCGUCCUUGUCAACACGAGUAUGGCAAAGAACAUCGACUCUUUCGAACAACUUACUACAAGAAUCGAACGCCUGCGGGCGAGAAGAUAUGAUUCAAUGCCAGCUUUGACUAUCUUCCUCGCUUACGCUCCAACAUCAAGCUACGAAGAACAAGAAAUCGAAGCUUUCUGUAUGGACGUGGAGAAGCUCUACAGAGAAGAUCAUACUUUCUACAAGGCCAUAAUUGGUGAUUUCAACGCCAAAGUUGGCCCCAGAAGAACGCCUGGAGAAUUUCACAUCGGAACACAUGACCUUCAGUGGAAUGAGCAGGGAGAGAGGUUUUCAGAGUUCAUCAUGACGACUAAGACCAUCCAUGGGAACUCGCAAUUCCAGAAGCCCUCCUCUCUACGUUGGAUGUGGGAGUAG